ACGCGUCUGUGGUCCGCGCGUGCGCAUUUGCACGCGCUCCGUAGCUUGGCUGCCGCCCGGGGCCUCCGGUUGCAAAUGGGCUCCGAGGCCUAGCGUCCCCGUCCCCGCCACUCGUGACCGUGUGCCGAAGCCCGCGAGGGGUCGCCGCCGAGGUCUCGCAAGCCCCCGGCCUUGAAGCAUGGCGGCUAUCCCCUCCAGCGGCUCGCUCGUGGCCACCCACGACUACUACCGGCGCCGCCUGGGCUCCUCGUCCAGCAACAGUUCCUGCGGAAGUACCGAGUACCCCGGGGACGCCGUGCCCCACCACCCGGGUCUCCCCAAAGCCGACCCAGGCCACUGGUGGGCCAGCUUCUUUUUCGGGAAGUCCAUUCUCCCUUUAAUGGCCACAGUGUUGGAGUCCCCUGAGCACUCAGCAGAAUCCCCCCAGGCUUCCAGCAGCAUGGUCACCAGUGGCCUGGUUCCCGAAACUAUGAGGAAGCAGCCAGUUAGCAAGCCUGGCCAGGCCAACACCAGGCCCAGUUCCUGACCUGGCUGAACCAUCAGCCCACCCAGGCCUCUGUGGUGCUAGGGUGCAGCCCUGCCUACCCUCCCUGCCCUGGACAGACACCAGCAGGAGCUGGAGAGAGCCCCCCGCCCAUGCACUGAGCUUUCCUGACCCAGUAACUGUGCCUUGCACCAAGCAGAAAAUAAACUCCCAGCAGCAGUCCUUCC